CUUCGUUUUCUAACAACAUUUUCACCGAAAUAUAGUCACCGCACACACGAACGCAUAUGAAACGUAAGAAACAUAUGGACGGAUCGACGUGUGCACCGGAUUGUGGGUGCAGUAUGAAACAAAACAAACCCAAGAACAACCAACGUAAAGAAUAUCAAAAGUAUAUUAAACCUCCUAAUUGAAUGUAUCUUUAUAUGCUAGCCUUACGGAAAAAAGUACAAAAGUGAAAAAAAUUAUUGAAUUGUUCACUGAAUGUAAUUAGAGAACGUUAUUAAGUGAAAGAAAUAGUCAUUCUUGUUCUGUUUUGAAGGCCGUAUAGUUGGUGUUCUUCAGCAUUCCCAAAGUUCCCUUAAGUUGAUCGCGCAAGGUUCGACAGGGGAAAGUUGUAAAACAAGAAGUCACAUUUUUAGUUGAUAGCCCUGAAAUAGUUCAUGAGAUGUUUUCGUGACACACAAAAGAAAAUAAUUCUAAAAUAUUUGGAAAUGAGUAUGUUCUAAAUGCAGUGCGUCAUUCCUUGUGUGGUACAAAUCCAAUGGGCACUUUUACGUAUAUGUAUAGGUUAUCCACUAGAUGUGGAAAUAGUCUGUUGAACUCAUCAAUUUUGAGUCGAGCAUCUUUGCAAACUUAUGCAAGACAGCAAUUAAUGAAAAGAAAUGAAUUUGCUUAUUUGGGAUGUGUAUUUAUCAAUACAACUUGUGCCUCUCAGAAGAAGAGAAAGACAUCUGAAGAAAAGAAAGCUCCAAGAAUAAUACAGUUCACUCCCAAAGCAAAGCUCGCACCAACAAUUGAAAUAUGGAAGAAUAUGUCUGUUGCUGAUCUUGCUGAAGCAUUGGGAAAAGAUACAGAUCAUGUAUUUGAAGUUAUGAGGUAUGUGGAUAACUCAAUUGAUUACACAAGACCAAGCUCUAUUAUAGAUAACUGGCAAGUUAUGAAAGAUGUGGUUACUAAGUCAGGAUUCAGAUACAAUAUUAUAGCCCCUCCUGGGAAGAAGGAAGAAAGUGUCAAGGAUAAGGAUGUAAAGAAAAGGCCUCCACCUGAUCCUUCUGUUUUAAAGCCACGCCCGCCUGUGGUUACAAUAAUGGGUCAUGUUGACCAUGGCAAAACUACACUCUUAGAUGCUUUGAGACAUACUGCAGUUGUAGCUUCAGAAUUUGGGGGAAUCACACAACAUAUUGGAGCUUUUUCUGUAAAAUUAAAUUCUGGGAAGAGAAACGAAACUAUAACAUUUUUGGAUACUCCUGGACAUGCUGCAUUCAAAGCAAUGCGUGCCAGAGGGGCUGAAGCCACAGACAUUGUUGUUUUGGUGGUAGCUGCAGAUGAUGGAGUUAUGGAGCAAACGGUAGAAUCAAUAAGAAUGGCAAAAGAAGCUAACGUUCCAAUUGUUGUUGCAAUAAACAAGAUUGAUAAAUCAGAUGCAGAUGUGGAACGAACAAAAAAAGCUCUUUUGAGUGCAGGAAUACAAGUGGAAGACUUUGGUGGAGAUGUGCAAGUUGUCGAAGUUUCUGCUUUAAAAGGCACUAAUCUUGAUUUAUUGGUGGAAGUUAUUUCUCUCCAAGCACAAUUGCUAGAACUGAAAGCUGACCCCACUGGGUUAGUUGAGGGUGUUGUCAUUGAGUCCUCAACUAAUGUUCAUAGAGGAAAACUUGCUACAAUAAUUGUGCAGCGAGGUACUCUCAAGAAAGGAGCUGUCCUUGUAGCAGGAACAGCAUGGGCCAAAGUUAGAGGUAUGUUUGAUGACAAGGGUCAACCAUUGCUUUCUGGUUCCCCUUCAACACCAGUGGAAAUAAUAGGUUGGAGAGAUUUACCUUCUGCGGGAGAUGAAGUUCUGGAAGUGGAUAAUGAGGAAUACAAGGCACAGUUGGAGAAGAAGUGGCUAAUGGGAAGAAGAAAAGUACGUCGAGAAGGACCUCGACCAAAAGAAAUUGAAGAGGAUAACAGUCCUCAUGUAAGCAUCAUUUUGAAAGGUGAUGUUGAUGGUUCUGUAGAAGCAAUAUUGGAUGUUUUAGAGACAUACAAUUCCAAUGAUGAUUGUCAACUGAGUGUAAUUCACUAUGGAGUUGGUCAGGUGACAGAAAAUGAUAUUGAAUUAGCAGAGACUUUUGGAGGUGAGGCAAAUGUUUUACAGCAAUUUGAAGUAAAUGAAGGACGACAUAAGGUCCCAGUUGCUGGAUGUCGUUGCACUAAAGGUGUCUUAAAAAAGUCAGCCUUCUUCCGUUUGGUGCGUGGUGAAGAAACUUUGUUUGAAGAUUUCGUUGACUGA